AUGGAUCAGACUGAACAAAGUGAACAUGUACGACCUACUUGCCGUAUAUGUAGAAUGGAAAGUUCAGAAGAUAACGAACUAUUCCAUCCAUGUCAGUGUAAGGGUUCUAUCAAAUAUGUUCAUGAACAGUGUUUAUUUGAAUGGAUAGGUUCUAAAAAUAUUGAUGUUUCAAGGCCUGGUACUACUGUAAAGUGUGAUAUUUGUCACUUUCCGUUCCAGUUGAAGACCAUAUAUGAUGAAAACAUGCCGAAAGGGAUUCCAAUAUUACCGGCUAUUACCAGGUACCUCUCGUGGGUAUAUGUUAGUGCUAAGACAGUACUGUUCAUUACGACCCUGGUAAUAGUUUUUGGGUUUGGUUUACCUAUGGUGUGGAAUAUGUGGGGAAAGUUUUACUCUUUAAUGCUUCAUAAUUUCGAUGUGCCAUAUCCAGACCAACCCUGGACGUUUAAUUUCAUAUAUGGGUUCUAUACUAACAUGAAAGAUGUGGAGGGAUGGAAUAGGUGGCCAACACUGCUUUACCAGUUGGGUCUCAACUAUAGGUUCUCGCUUUUACAAAUUAUUAUGGUUGUCACGCUGCAUUUGGCGUUGUACUUCUUAUACGAUAUGAUUGCCAGAGAGGAGAUAUUUUCACAGAUGGUUUUACACAAGAUUGGACCCAGGUGCUCUGAGCUGGAGCGGUUAAGAAAGCGCAUCCGGGACAGAUUUCCGGCGAUAAAUGAGGAGGUGGUGCAAAAAAUAGAGGCUUUAAUGGAACUACCAAAGCGUCAAGCUGCUUUCCAAGAGCAAAGACUUGCGAGAGAAACUGGAGCCGAGGGUAACAAUCCCAUUGAGUAUGGACAGGAUGAAUUACCUGAGGAAGGAACAAGUAUACAAGCUGUCGAGCUGGAGGAGCUAAAUAUUACUGGAAAUGGUCAGCUACCUAACUUGGAGGAUAGAGACAGUGAUGAGCUAGAUGAUGCACUUGAUAGAGACAAUGGCGUUGCCGGCGAAUUGCGUUAUCGUGAAGCUUUAAGGGAACUAGAAGGACUGUUAAAUAAUGAACUCCCAAGAGAGGGAGGGGGUAUUGGCGAACAGGGUGAAAAUUUUGGAAACGCUCCAAUAGUUGAGAGAGUUAAUGUCAACUUGAAUGGUCGUGACCAAAGAGACGAUCCUGCUUUCCAUCUACUAAAUAUCAGGUUGAAUAUGGGUAACCUGUUCAUCUACUUUUUCAUUACUGCGGUGUUUAUUGGAGCAUAUUUGUUUCUGUCAUAUUUCAUUCCCACGAUUGUUGGAUGGUCCCUACUUUUUGUCUACAUUAAUAUAUGCAAAUUCGCAUUGGCAAUAUUUACUACGUCUGCUAAAUUUGUGACAUCGAGAUUACCCUUUUCAUUGUUGGAACAUGCGCAGCAUCCUAAAAUUCAGUUGAUGGUAUCCGCCGUCCAGCGUACAUUCGACUCAAAAUUCUUGUUUUACUACAAGGGCUACAUAGAGGACACAAUGUGGGCUAAGUCUUCGAUAAUUAUGUGCGGCCUUCCUGCUGCAGUUACAUACAUUACAGGAGGAGCUUUAAUUUGUCUGUCUACUGAAGUGUUGUGCAAAGGUUAUGGAAGGAAAUCAGGGAUGACAGAUGAAAGGAAGAGAAACUUGUUUCAAUUACUUUUUGCCGUCAGAUGCACGAUUAAGAUAUUCAUUUUAUUUACGUUCGAGCUAGCGGGCUUCCCAAUAUUAGCUGGACUAAUGAUCAAUUAUUCUUUACUGAUUUCCUUCACUACUAGCAAGGACCACUACUUUUGGAAGUUUUUCAUCCUUGAUGCAUGGUUGCCGGGAAUGUUGAUGUUGUACUGGGCAAUUGGUACCGUUUAUAUGUAUUGGUUUGCCAUAUUUAUUGGCACAAUAAGACAGCAUAUUAUCAGACCGGGCGUAUUAUUCUUCAUCAGAUCACCAGAUGAUCCAAACAUUAAAAUAUUGCAUGAUAGCUUGCUGCAUCCUAUGAGGAUUCAGUUGUCGCGGUUGAUAAUGUCAGUUGUUAUUUACGCCAUCUUUAUUUUGUGUGGAUUUGGAUUUCAUACAAGAUUGCUAUUCCCAUUUUUAUUGAAGCACAAUUUGAUCCCAGUCUACAAUACUUUAAUGGACAAAGUAAGCUUUUUCACAAUUGCUCUAGCCGGCAUUGCAGGAACUAAUCUGGAAUCUUCACAAAAGCUUCGCUCAUAUAUUAGAGCAUAUUGGUUAAAGGUUUUUACUAUUUGUUGCAGGAGACUGCGAUUGUCGUCAUUCAUCAUGGGUAAAUCGAUACCGAUGGAAAGAGGCUAUAUUGUUUACCGUAACGCUUUUUACAGAUACCUUGCACCAACUAGAGCACAAUGGUCAAAUCCAGAAUUGUUUAGCAAACCAAAAACUCUGAAUGAGGCACAAGAAUUGUUUAAAACACUGCCAUCUAUUCAUGCGUACUUUAUUCCUGAUGGCUGUCUACUGCGUGUUCCUGCCAAUGACAUUGUUUCCAGAAGCUAUGUUCAGAUGCUUUUUGUACCUGUAACUAAGGAUGAUAAGUUACUAAAGCCUUUGGACUUGAAACGGAUUAGAGAAAGAAGCCAGCAGAAUUCUGGGGAAUUUGGUUAUUUGGAUAAACAGAUUACUGACUUCGACUCCUACACGGUGGUGUAUGUUCCGCCACUAUUUAAACUCAGAUAUACAUUACUUUUGGUAAUGAUUUGGGUUUUUGCAUCAAUACUUUUCAUUGGAAUAGGAUUAACCGCUAAUUUUGUGGGUCAUCUGUUAGUAUGGCCCUACUCGCAGGUCGUCUGGAAAACUCAAACUAGCGGACUUGACCUUACAUAUACAUAUGAUCUUCUAGAUGACGGCCUAAAUCCCACAUGCAUUUGUGUUGCACUUAUAGCCGCAUGCAUAGCAAUUGAUAGUGGGGUAGUGGAUUAUAUUUAUCACAAGAUUAUGGAAAUACCUAGAAGGAGGACUCGCAUAGUCAAUGAGGAAGAGAAAGAAAAUACAGGAGAAGAGGAGGAAGGUGAGCAUGCCAUGGAAGAAUUCGGACAAGAGAUUCAAGAGCAUAGAGAAGAGGAUCAUAUCAUUGAACAGCUUCCUGUUAGAAAUAACGUCAGUUUUAUCACCCUCAUGAGGAGAUUUGGCAAUUUCGUACGGCAAAUGGUUAACAACCUGACCCAAAUGUUAUUAACUUCAAUGAUUGCAACUUUCUUUUUAAACAAACUACACAUUUACAUGUUCCGUCUAAUAACAAGGGCUAUUUCAUACAAUUACAUCAUGUCGGUAGGUCUAUUUUGGGACUACUAUAUUCACAAUAGGAUUUCUUGCUUUACUGAUUUCAACUCAUUGUAUGCAGACUUCCCUUCGUUCCAAGUAUCCAAUCUAUUCUACGUUGAUCUCCAUUUAUCCUCAUUUACUGUCAAGAUAUUACCUCGGCUACCAUUGCCUAAUUAUGCGGUAUUGCUUGGGCUAAUCGGUAUUGAAGGCCUAGCCUCUAUUAUUGGUGCGGGUUACUACGCAUUCUUUUCAAACAUCGAAAUGAAGAAAAAGCACCUCUACUUUAUUAUUGUUGGUUACUUCCGGAGAUAUUUUUUCCCUACCUUUAUUACGAUUGUUUUACAGUACAUUGUCAUUGAAUUGGAAUACCAAAGCAAUCCAAGCGCGUAUAUGUCCAGACAUGCUUUGUAUGACUAUAUGGUGACCAAAAUGUCUUCCGAAACAUUACCAAGAGAAUGGACGUUUUUACAGCAUUUGUUUUACUGGAUUAGUCCGAUUGUAUUAGGAUGCUAUUACACAUAUUUGGUUUAUUCUAUUUCUAAGAAGUCCUUAGCAAAUUUCUCCCAAUGGCUGAUUGAUGAUAUUUACGGUAAAGGUAGAACGUUAGUGAAUUUGGAAGAAGAUUCUUAG